UAGUUUGUAGGUUUCGGGAGCGCAACCUCAUUCCUGCGGUUGCGUUUCUGUCGCUCGCUGUGAGCUCAAACCUGCUUUUUCUACCUGUUCAUUCACUCGUUUUUUCUUGUUUUUUUUUUUUUUUUUUUUUACUCGGAUAAACGCUUUUGCGAUAAAAACCGUUUAUGGUCCUGGCUGAAGAUUUCACCAUGUCUCGCACUGACGAGGUUCAUCGCUUGACGGAAAAUGUUUAUAAGACCAUCAUGGAGCAGUUCAACCCCUGCUUACGGAACUUUGUUGCCAUGGGGAAGAACUAUGAGAAGGCCCUUGCCAAUGUGACAUUUGCUGCAAAAGGCUAUUUUGAUGCUCUGGUACGAAUGGGUGAGCUGGCCAGUGAGAGUCAAGGAUCCAAAGAUUUGGGGGACGUUCUGUUCCAGAUGGCUGAGGUCCACAGACAGAUCCAAGUGCAGCUAGAGGAAAUGCUUAAAUGCUUCCAUAAUGAGCUGCUCUCUGAGCUUGAGAAGAAGGUGGAUCUAGAUGCUCGGUACUUGACUGCUGCCUUGAAAAAAUACCAGCUGGAACACAAGAGCAAAGGGGAGAGUCUGGAAAAAUGCCAGGGUGAACUGAAGAAGCUUCGAAGGAAGAGUCAAGGCAGUAAGAACCCUUCAAAGUAUGGAGAGAAGGAGAUGCAGUUUGUGGAGACCAUUAGCAAUAAGCAGACAGAACUAGACACCUUCAUAGCUGAGGGCUACAAGACGGCCUUGUCAGAGGAACGCCGCAGAUACUGCUUCCUCGUGGACCGACAGUGUGCUGUGGCCAAAAACAGCAGCGCCUACCAUGGAAAGGGAAAAGACCUUUUGACCCAGAAGAUCCCAGUGUGGCAGCAGGCCUGCUCAGAUCCCAACAAACUGCCAGACAGAGCCAUGCUGCUGGCCCAGCAGAUGGGUUCUGCUGCUCUUGGAGGCACAAGUCCCCUGCACUCCUCCAAAUCCAAUCUGGUCAUCUCAGACCCCAUACCGGGGGCUCAGCCUCUUCCUGUUCCCCCGGAGCUGGCUGUUUUUAUGGGGAGCGGCCUCGGACACCCAGCGAGGCUGAUGGGCCCGGAUGGCAUGUCGAUGGUCAAUGGAACGACAGGAGUCCACGGCGAGGAAUACUGGACAGAUGGGGGUUCAAUGUCUGUGUCUCAAGUUAGGCCAGCAUCCCCUCAGACUCAGGCACAGGGCCAGUCCCAGGUCCAGCCCCAGAGACAGGUCAGCGACGUCUACUCCAACACCCUCCCUGUGCGUAGGCCUGCUCCUGCCAAGAAUAAAAACCCAGUGGGAGAGACACGGACUCUGCCCAGGUCCAGUUCCAUGGCAGCCGGACUGGAAAAGAACGGGCGCUCACGCGUCCAGGCCAUCUUCUCCCAUGCCGCAGGCGACAACAGUACCCUGCUAAGCUUCUCCGAGGGAGAUGUCAUCACCCUGCUAGUGCCUGAGGCUCGUGAUGGCUGGCACUAUGGAGAAAAUGAGAAGAACAAGAUGCGUGGCUGGUUCCCAUUCUCCUACACACGUGUGCUCCCUGAAAGUGAUGGCGACAAGCUCAAAGUGAAUUCCAGUCUCCAUCAUGGUAAAAGCAGCAGCACUGGGAACCUGCUGGAGAGCGACGCAUCACUGCCCACACCUGACUACGGCCUAACUGCCCGACUGUUGGCACAGAGCUUAGCACAGACCCGCCCACGGCCCUACAGCAUGGCAGGGUUCGCUCCACAGCCUGCCAUUGAGGAUUAUGACAGCCGCUUUGCCACAAGUGACAGUCCUGAUGGCAAAUUGAUUUCGACUGUGUGAGAACAGACAUACAGACAGACACAGACAGCUCCGGAUAGCACAGGGGCCUCCUCCUCCUCCCCCAUCUUUUCCUUCCUCUUCCCCUCCCCCUCCUGUCCACUUGUCUGCACCUCUGCCUCCACUCCUUCUCCGAAUGGAAGAGGCCAAUUUCAUCCCUCCUUUCUGUCCUCUCUUCCUCCCCGGGUCCCUCCUUUUCCUAAUCCUGUCCGUCCUGGGUGCUGCUGCUGCUUCUGGCGUUGGUGUGGACAGUAGCGGCUGGUGGGUGGAGGAUUGCGUUGAGCGUGAGAUCCCGAGCGGGGCCUACCUGCUCGGCAUGCAGCGAUACGGACUCUGAACACUCUCUCUGAUCACAGUCCGCACAUCUCGGACUGUUCUCUCAAGAGACUGCCUUUGCUACUGCUCGUCUUUCAUGCAUGUACAUGGUUGUGUCAUUUUGUCAGAAACUGAAAGACAUGUUCAUGUACUGUUCAAGUGCCAAAAGUCUUCAAUGUUGUUGUACUUAAAGCCACUGACUGAAUGGCCUUUUUUAAAGCACCAUGGGGCCCCAAUACUGUUGAGUUCCCACCAAAAAACAGGCUGAAAAAGCUUUGUUUCAACAAACGCUGUCCAGCAGCUUGCUGUGUUUCUGUUUUGAGAACUGCCACAGGUCCUGCUGUGCUUCCUUGUGUCAGUGCUAGAACUUUCUGUCCAGAGGGUGUGUCAUAUCUGCCUUACUUUGGUUGUUUUUUUGUUUUUUUUUUGAAUAAACACAAACAUAUAAAUUCUUUUGUUUUCUUCCCAGUCCGUCUAAAAUAAAUGUGUGCUUGGUUAAACUUCACACCCUCAGGCAUACUUGUUUAUUUCUUUGCUUUUUUUGCAUUCCUGGCUUACUUAUUGCCAGAUACCUUGGUUAAAUUAAAAUACUGUUUCAUUUUUUUCCCACUUAAAGCUGUACCAGUGAACUUUUUUGUUGACUAUUCUUAAAUUACAGCUGUGAUUAACUUGAGAUUUACUUAUCAACACAGCUUUCUGCAACUUUCCCUGUUUUUUUUCUGAUUGUAUUCCUUGAGUGGCUGUGCAGUUUUGGUCUUUUCUUUUAAAGGAAAAAAAACAGUAAUAAUAAACACUGUCCUUGUAACAUAUUUCCAGAAAAAAUGGUAAACAUACUGAUGAGUUGAAGCGUUUAUCUUAUGCAUGCCGUGGAGGGGGAAACCAGAAAAAUGUGACACUAAAAAUUGACCUUGAAUGUAUGGUGACUUUUUACAAAGGUAUUCUAAAUAAAACACAUCUCUAUAUAUUAAUAAAC